AUGACCCAAACCGUCAUCCUCAUCACGGGUGCAAAUCGAGGCAUCGGAAAAGGCCUUGUAACCACAUACUUGGCCAGAGCAAAGACCACCGUCAUCGCAACAGUUCGGGAAGGAUCAGUCGAGAGCACCUGGGGACUACAUUGUCUGCCAACGGGCCUUGAUUCACAAUUGAUCAUUGUCUCUCUCAGUCUCGAUAUUCCAUCCAUCAUCACUGACGCAAUCCACCAAAUCCGAACGGAGCAUCACAUCGAGCACAUCGACCUCGUAAUCGCCAAUGCCGGCAUCUGCAACCACUGGGGACCGGUGGUGGACAUGAAAGAUUCGGACUUGAUGUCCCAUUUCGAGGUGAAUACCUUGGGACUCUUGAGAUUGCUCAGGGCCACGGCUCCAUUUUUACUGUCUAGCAAACAGCCCAAGUUUGUCUAUAUAUCUUCCGAACUAGGGAGUAUCUCCGGAGUUGCACAAUCGUCGCCUUUGACCGCUGCAUAUGGAGUUUCGAAGGGGGCGGGAAAUUACUUGGUUAAGAAGAUCGAUGCCGAACAUGCGGAUCUUGUUGCAUUUUCGACUGAUCCUGGAUUUGUCCAAACAGAUAUGGGCAACCGUGGCGCGCAGUGCAAUGGAUUAGAAAGAGCGCCGAUGACUAUCACGGAAAGCGUCCAAGGAAUUGUCAAUCAGAUAGACGGGGCCACCAAGACCACGACAUCUGGUCAGUUUAUCAGGUAUAGCGGUGAUCGGUUGCCGUGGUAG